GGUUAAUGAAGUUGUUAUUUUUGUUUUGUUAUAUUGCACAAAAAGUACUCUGGUCUCUUCAUAAUAUUAAGGUUGAACCACUGUAGUCACAUGAUUUUGCUGCCUAUGUGUGGAUCAUAUACCUUUAGAUUUCAUAAAAAAGAUAAACAUGUCUGUUCCGAAGAUGAACGAAUGUCUUACAGGUAGUAACUAGUCAGUAUUAGGGGGCAUAACAACAAACUCUUGACAAUAUUUUCGAAGACGGUGACUUGUCAACAUACUAGGUGUGAAAAAAAUAUUUCUUAUGCCCUCAUUACAUCGCAUGCUGUGUUCUGAUCAUCGUUUACCGUAUGUUUCUUUUUACAGAUGCCUACUCUAAAGGAUUGCUACACAUGCAGGGAAAAAAUUGGAGUAGCCAGCAAAACAUGUCCAUACUGUAGGGCCAAACAGCCAUAUAAGCAAAUGCUUGAGAAAAAAAAGAAACAGCUUUCCCAGGAAUGGAUAGACAGACAAAAAAAAAACUGCAGUGUGAACAAAAUCUAUGAUGCAACAAAUCUUCUGCUCCACAAGUGGGAACUUUUAGAGAGGUACCCAGUCCUUCUCCUUGCCAGGAGAACCUCAAAUGGUUUCUCUGCUGAAUGCUUCUGCCCGUGGAAGAAUGAGACAGAAGACACUCAGGACGCUUUUCUUACUAUAAAGAGAUUAUACGAAAGUCUUCUUAAUGUGGCUAUUGCAGAUAAAGAAGUAAACGGCAUGGGAGAAAGUUCUGUCACAAAUGGCACAGAGACUCCACCAGCAAACUCCACACCUCUGUCCACCUGUAAUGUGGCUAUUGCAGAUAAAGCAGUAAACGGCAUGGGAGAAAGUUCUGUCACAAAUGGCACAGAGACUCCACCAGCAGACUCCACACCUCUGUCCACCUGUAAUGUGGCUAACACAGAUAAGGAAGCAAGCAGCAUGGUAGAGAGUUCUGCAACAAACAGCACACAGACUCCACCAGCAGACUCCACAGCAGACUCUGAUUCAGAGCUUACGCAUGAGCCUGUCACUUUUUUCCUUCCUCCUGCAUCUUCCUUUUUGGCUUCUUCUGAUUCCUUAACCACCCCCUCUCCUAUGCCUUUAUCCAUCGCUCCUCUGGUGUCCCCCCAGACUCAUCCUGUUUUUAUGUCCUCUCAGUCUAAUUCUGUAUCUUCUUCCCCGGCUUCUCCUCUGCCACCACCCCCUACCCUUUCUACCUGUUCUAAACUGUCCACUGAGCUAGGCAGUCUAAGCCCAGUAUCUUCCUCAAGGAAAAAAGGACAAAUAAAGAGGAAAGCAGACCCUAAAGAAUGCCCCAUGCAUGAGGAAUCAACCAGUUUCCCCUACAAAAAAAUAUUAAGGAAAAGAAUCAGGGAGGGCCAUACGGAGGUGUUGGUUCAGUGGCAUCCUUGCUCUGGAUGUGGGAAAAAGUGGAAGAACUCCUGGGAGCCAAGUGGAAACAUUCAGAGUUUAUCCUGAAGAUUUGUGUGUUUGUUCCAAUGUGUCAUGCCUUGUAUGACAGUUACAGAGACUUGAGAGAAUGUGUCUUUCACUGUUAAUGCAUAUCAGUU